UCCGCGCCGUACGGUACUGCGAGACGUUAAUCCGACGCGCGCAGCCGCGAGUCCAUGUGAGCGACCGACAGUUCUCUUGUUGUGUACGGUGAACGAAGUUCGGCAAGCUGUACGCGCCGCAGGAAGACGACAUGUUGACGAUGGAGACGGAUCUCAAAGGCGGUAGCCUGCACGCCACGGUGCCGCCGCACCACGCGCUCCAGCAUGGCUACGGCUCGCUGGGCGCGCUUGGUGGCAUGAUGGCGCUGCCUCAGCAGCAGCCGCUAUCACAACACCAGCCGCUGCAGCAUCAGCAUCACCAACCGUUGCCGCAGCAUCAUGCGCAGCCUCAGCAGCAACACCAUCAGCCGCCAAACAAUAAUAACAACAACAACACCAGCAAGAACUCUAAUUCGGAGCGAGUGAAGCGUCCGAUGAACGCAUUUAUGGUGUGGUCGCGAGGGCAGCGCAGGAAGAUGGCCUCAGAUAACCCGAAGAUGCACAACUCGGAAAUCUCUAAACGUCUUGGUGCACAGUGGAAAGACCUCUCAGAAUCUGAAAAGCGACCGUUCAUCGACGAAGCGAAGAGACUUCGCGCCGUUCAUAUGAAGGAACAUCCAGACUACAAAUACAGACCCAGGAGGAAAACAAAGACUCUCGCUAAAAAACAGGAGAAGUACCCUCUUGGUGGUGGUGCAUUAUUGGGAGCGUCGGAUGCGCAACGCACAGCAGCGCCGUCCUCUCAACAACCACGGGACGUAUACCAGAUGACACCAAACGGUUACAUGCCCAACGGUUACAUGAUGCCCGACCCCAGCGCAUACCAGCAGCAAGCAUAUGGUUACCCGCGCUACGAUAUGUCGCAGAUGCAACAAGCUGGAUACGGUGGUGGUUACUAUGGCGGUGGAGGACAAGGCUCGCCGUACCUACCGCAGCCGCCUUCACCUUCCGCUUAUGGAAUCGGUCCUGGUUCUCCAGGCGGUUACGGCCUGCCGCCUUCGUGCGCUUCUCAUUCGCCCAGCGGCUCCUCCGCGAAGUCGGAACCCGUGUCACCGGGACCACCAGGCAUGAAACGCGAGUAUGUGCCCCACGAGCCACCAGCGCAGCUAAAGCGCGAAUAUGUGCCGCACGCGCAAGCGCACGAACAGCUGGCGAUGAAGCGCGAGUACGGACAGCAGGACCUGAGCCACAUCAUCAAUAUGUACCAUGUGCCUGAUGAGCAGCGGUACGCGGCGGCCAACGAGCGCGCCAUGCCACUCAUCUGAGAAUCGCCUUUCGCGUGCGACAUCGACAUCCCGCCGCUAUGAGCGGGUCGCGUCGCCGCGCACGGCGCCGGCGGCCUGCGCCCGCUGCCAGCCCAUAGUGACUUUGUUGCGAAUCGGUUGUCGCACUAGGACAGUGAUCGUUAUCCUCGGCCAUACAUACUUCUAGGUAUGUCCAUUUAUUUGUUUUGUAAAGUCCGGGCCCGUGCCCAUGCCGCUGUUAGUGUUGCGAACUGUUGACUUAGCGAGUUCUCGGCGCUUUGCCGACGGCCGAAAGUUCAAUUAAAUGUUGUUGAUGACUUUUCUGUAUUAUAUUACAUUUAUUGUAUUUUUUCAUGGUUUAAGUUAAAUAUUCUAAGUUGUGUCGUGCGGAUGUAUGCAAGUUGCGUUGUGAGGUUUAUGUGGAAGGUGAUGGAGUGUCUGCGGUAAUUUGAAUACCAAAAAAAUUUGAACAAUUUGUAAAUAUAGUGUUAAAGGCUAGAGUUGAAGACGGUUGGAGUUAGCGAUAAAGCGUAGGUAGAUAGCGAUAAGUCGUGCCACGACGGCACUCGCGUACACGUCGUGCGUUGUACAAAAUAUUUGUUAUAUGGAAACGAAAAGUUAUAAUAAAGCCUCGAAAGACUAAAUAUUGUAAUACGAAAAUGUACAGUGAGUGUUAUAUAGUCAGUGGACACAAAAGUAUAUUGAAGAAAAAAAUGAAGUUAUCAAUAAACGA